ACGAAAUUGAAAUCAAAACAUCGCAUCUCAUCUUUCCGCCUCAAGCCUCGCUUCUCUGUCCUAACCCAACCUCGCAAUUCUCAAUUCGGAAUCACCAUUUCAAACUACUCUAUGGCGUCCCUGCGAUUGCAUGGCGGUGGUGGAUACGAAAGCUUCUCCGCCGCCGCCGUCGUAGCAUCUUGUUCCGAUCAGCGAGGUUGCGUAGGUCAUCAGAAUCGAUUUUUCCCCAACAAAAACAAUAUUAAGAAGAAGAACUUGUUAAUCUCCAAGGAGAAUCAGAGGCCAAAUCAUCAGCACAAGAAGGCGCAGAGCCACCGUUGUUGUAGUACUACAAGUGUUGCUGCUAAUUGGCCGGCCGGCGAUAAAGGCCGAGCUGUGAUUCCUAGUUGUGAUCAUGCCUAUGCUGCUGAUCACUGGACGGAGGUGAUCAGCAAAUUCGCUGCGAAUAAAAGGAUGGUGGUUGACAAGGAGGAAAAGAAAGAGGAGGACUACAGUUCUCAAAAACUUGAUCGCUGGAUGAGAGACUCCGUUGUAGAGAUUGUGAAUAACAUUGGGGAAGCACCUUUCCUAGUGCAUAUUUAUUCAGACGAAGACGAGGACAAAAGCAAGGAAUGUUCAUCAUCAAAAAAGGGUAUGAGAUUGGUGAAAGAGAAAGCCGGUGCCGAUAGCUGGCCUACAAUUAAGGGAAGAUGGGAUGGAGGAAUAAGCCCCAUUCCCAACGGUGUUAUUUUGGUAGAAGAACUCAAACCCAAACAAGUUUCAGACAAGCUCUUUGAUGAUGAAGAUGAGACUGAAGGCAUUGUUGACAAUAACAAUAACAGCAACAGCCAACUGCAAUACUCCACAACUAAAAUAUGGGGUGUGCUGAUUCAAGCUAAAGGACUUAAUGGUACUGCUUGUUACAUCCUCAAGACCUGUCGAGUUGAGAAUUUUUUGGGCUUUUGCACCCACUUUUGCUUACUUAGGGUUGAGUGCUUUGUAGAUAAUGCUGAAACUCAGCUCAAGAAAUUGUGGUUGCAGAGAUAAGUUUGGAUUUAUAUGUUUACAUCAUUAUUAUUCAACAUCACUGAAAUAAUUUAGAGGUGAUGAACGCUAGUUAAUAAUUUACUUAAACUACAAGUAGAUGGUUAUUCACAUGAAUAUAAGUAGACGGUUAAUUACAUGAA